CCCCACCCCGCCCCGCGCCGCCUUCUGCAAGCAGCGGGGGACGCGGCAUUGGCUCCGACAGCGCGCCCCGAAAGCGCUCCCGCAGGGGGAGGCGGGGGCUGGGUCCUGGCUUCGGCGCCUGGCCGGCGACAUGGCCGAUUCCUGACGGGGGGCACCUGCCGCUGCGCGCCGGAGGAGGAGGACGCAUGGGGGGGCCCCGGAGCAGCGCCAGAGCCAGGAGCCCCCCGCGGGGUCGGCCGCUCCGAGGCUGCCCGGGCGCCGCUCGGCGGGGGCUGCUCUGAGCCCCGCUGCGCCCCGAGGCGGGCCGGGCCGCGAGUGGCUGCGGCCGGAGGGGGAUGCCCGGACUUGCGCGUCUCUCCUGCGCUCGCCGCCUCCCAGCUCGCCGGGCCGCGCGGAGCGGCCGGGCCCGGGAAUCGACGCCCCGCUAGGGGCUCUCGGCGCAGCCGGCCCGGUGGCCGCGAAGGCGAGGAGCGCCGGGCGCAGAUGCGCUCCCCCGGGCACCCAUGAGCAGAGGGGCCAGCCUGCAGCGGAGAACCACCUACCUCAUCUCCCUGACCCUGGUCAAGCUCGAGUCCGUGCAGCCGCCGGAGGAGCAGGCCAAGGCGGGGGCGGGAGAUGGAGCCCCCCAGCCCGGCUCCAGCCCGGCCGCCCCCGGCCUCUCCGGGGUGACGGCGCGCCGGGAGGGCGAGGGGCCCCGGGCGGAGGAAAGCGCCAAGAGCAAGCGGCAGGAGCGGAGCUUCCACCGGCAGGAUGCGCUUUGGAUCAGCACCAGCAGCUCUGGCCCCGGGGACUAUUUCCUGCAGCUGUCGCCCAGCAGCCCCCGGACCCCGGUUCCCUCGCCCUCCCCUUCCCCGGAGAGCGCCGGCCGGCUGCUUGCCCUCUUGGCCGGCCCGGGGCUGCCCUCGCCCAGCGCCCCGGGCCCGGGUGCCCCGGCUGAAGACCCCAGAGCUCCGGAUCCCAAAGCGGAGGCUCCUCUGACCCUGACGCCACCGGCAGUGCCCCCCAAGCCGGGCACCAGUCUGCAUCCAUCAGCCCCAGCUGUGCCCCCCAAGCCGGGCACCAGUCUGCACCCAGCAGCCCCAGCUGUGCCCCCCAAGCCGGGUACCGCUCUGCACGCAACAACCCCAGCUGUGCCCCCCAAGCUGGACACUGCACUGCUCCCAGCGGUGCCCCCUAAGCCGGACACUGCAGUGCACCCAGCUGUGCCCCCUAAACCGGAUGCUGCACUGCAUCCAGCUGUGCCCCCUAAACCGGACGCUGCACUGCACCCAGCUGUGCCCCCUAAACCGGACACUGCACUGCACCCAGCUGUGCCCCCUAAGCCGGACACUGCACUGCAUCCAGCUGUGCCCCCUAAGCCAGACACUGCACUGCACCCAGCUGUGCCCCCUAAGCCGGACACUGCACUGCACCCAGCUCUGCCCCCUAAGCCGGAUGCUGCACUGCUCCCAGCUGCCCCGGUUGUGCCCCCAAAGCCAGAAGCCAUUGUGGCCCCAGAGACUCCGGGGGUGAAUGAGACCCUGGAGGUGCCAGGCGAGAGGAGCCAGACCUCCCGGGAAGAUCUGCCAGCCCUCACCACCAGCUGCUCCUCCAGUGUGGUGGCUCCAGACCGGAGGCUGCUGCUGAGCCAUGCCAGCUGGGGCUGCCCCGAAGUGCGGGUGCCCGGAGCACCCGAGGGCAGCGGUGGCGGGCGAGCCGGGGGCUCCUCGUUCUCCUCCCACCUGGGCCCUGGCGCCUCCUCCCCUCACCCAGCGGCCGGGAGCCGGCGCCUCCGGCUGGUCAGCAACAAGCCUUUCAAAACUGUGACCACCAGCGGUGUCAAGAUGGGCUCCGAGCCCAAGGCCAGCAAAAGUGCCCACAAGGGGGGCCCAGGCAACCGGCUGUCGUGGCCGGAGAGUGAGGCCAAGGGCCGCAUGAAAGGGGCCCCUAAGGGCGGUGGGGAGGCGGCCCCCCGGGCCACCGCCAGGGUGAAGCUGUCCCCGCGCAAAGGCAAGAGCAAGACCCUGGACAACAGUGACCUGCUCCUGGACUCUGAGGGCCCGGCAGCCUCGGGCUUCUGCCCCUCGGAGGCCGGCGUGGGGCUGAAGCGGGGCCGCGAGGGUGGCCGGGCCUCCACCCGGGACCGCAAGAUGCUCAAGUUCAUCAGCGGCAUCUUCACAAAGAGCCCGGCCUACCCCACCCACCCCGGGCCCGGGUUGGGCCUGGGCAGCCGGGAACUGCUGAGCCCCGAGCGAGCCAAGGAGUCCUCGCCCAAGGCCAUAGCAAACAGCCAGGAAUGGACCCUCAGCCGCUCCGUCCCGGAGCUCAGACUGGGCGUCCUGGGCAGCAUGAAGAGCGGGAAGUCGGCCCUCGUCCAUCGCUUCCUCACCGGCUCCUACCUGGGCCUGGAGCCAGCCGAGAGUGGACAGUUCAAGAAGGAACUGGUGGUGGACGGGCAGAGUCACCUGUUACUGAUCCGAGAGGAAGGGGGUGCCCCGGACGCCAAGUUUGCCAGCUGGGUGGAUGCCGUGGUCUUUGUGUUCAGCCUGGAGAACGAAGCCAGCUUCCAGGAGGUCUCGCAGUACUACAGCCUCCUGACUGGCUACCGCAGCCCCUCGGAGGUGGCCGUGGCCCUGGUGGGCACGCAGGACAAGAUCAGCUCCACCAACCCCCGGGUGAUCGAGGACCCGCAGGCCCGGGCGCUCUGCGGCGACAUGAGACGCUGUCUCUACUACGAGACCUGCGCCACCUACGGCCUCAACGUCGACCGGGUCUUCAGUGAGGUGGCCCAAAAGGUCGUCACUCUGAAGAAGCAGCAGCAGCUCCUGGCCUCCUGCAAGUCCCUGCCCAGCACCCCCAGCCACUCGGCAGCCUCCACGCCCGUGGGCGGGAUCCACCCUGGGCAGGCCAGUAAUGGAGGCCACACGAGCGAUUACUCCUCCUCCUUGCCGUCUACGCCCAACAUCAGCCACCGCGAGCUGCGGAGCGAAGGCUCGGUUGGGAUCGGCACCCCCAGCUCCCUGCACCGCGGGGCCAAGCGCCGCACCAGCCUCUUCACGAACCGCCGGGGGAGCGAUUCGGAGAAGAGGAGCCUGGAGAGCAGAGGGGACAGCACAGGCAGCGGCCGCGCCAUCCCAAUCAAACAGAGCUUCCUGCUGAAACGCAGCGGCAAUUCCCUCAACAAGGAGUGGAAGAAGAAAUACGUGACCCUGUCCAGCAACGGCCUCCUCUUCUACCACCCCAGCAUCAACGAUUACAUUCACAGCACCCACGGGAAGGGGAUGGACCUCCUGCGCACCACCGUCAAGGUGCCCGGCAAGCGCCCCCCCAGGGCCAUCUCCGCCUGCAGCCCCUCCUCCAGCAUCAACGGCCUGCUGCGGGACGUGAGCGGGGGACCGACGCCCGAGGGUGGCGCUAGCCUCUCCCCGGCGGCGCUGACCAUCCCGACAGAACGAGCAGCCAAGGCCUCAGGGAAGACGGACCGGCCACUCCAGCGUUGCGCUUCGGCAGCCAGCACCAAGACCUCCGGCGGGGAGGGGUCCCUGGCCGGAGAAGGGGUGUCCAGCUCCAGCCCCAGCGGCAAAGACCCGCCUCCUUCACCCAUGAUUGACAGGAAGAAGCACCGCCGGAAGAAGCUGAUGACCCCCUCAAAAACCGAGGGGUCGACGGGACAGGCGGAAGCCAAGCGCAAAAUGUGGAAAUUAAAAACCUUUGGUAGUUUAAGAAAUAUUUAUAAAACAGAGGAGGAGAACUUCGAGUUCAUCAUCGUGUCGAGCACGGGCCAGACGUGGCACUUCGAGGCCAGCAGCUUCGAGGAGAGGGACGCCUGGGUCCAGGCGAUCGAGAGCCAGAUCCUUGCCAGCUUGCAGUGCUGUGAGAGCAGCAAAAACAAGGCCCGGAUGGACAGCCAGAGCGAGGCGGUGGCCAUCCAGGCCAUCCGCAAUGCCAGAGGCAAUUCCCUGUGUGUGGACUGCGGGGCACCAAACCCCACCUGGGCCAGCCUGAACCUGGGGGCGCUGAUCUGCAUCGAGUGCUCGGGCAUCCACCGGAACCUGGGCACCCACCUGUCGCGGGUGCGCUCGCUGGACCUCGACGACUGGCCCCUGGAGCUCACCCUGGUGCUGACGUCCAUUGGCAACGAGACUGCCAACAGCAUCUGGGAGAAGAACACCCAGGGACGCCGGAAGCCCACCUGCGAGUCGUCCCGGGAGGAGCGGGAGUCGUGGAUCCGGGCGAAGUACGAGCAGCGGGUGUUCCUGGCCCCAUUCCCGAGCCCCGAGAUCCCGCUGGGGCAGCAGCUGUUCCGGGCCGUGCAGGAGAAGGACCUGGGCACCCUGCUUCUGUUGCUGGCACACAGCACCAAGGAGCUGAUCAACACCUGCUCCGGGGACAAGGACCGGCGCACGGCCCUGCACUUGGCCUGCGACCUGCCCCAUGUGGUCAUCACCCAGCUGUUGGUCUGGUACGGCAUCGAAGUGAAGGCCCGCGACGCGCUGGGCCACACGGCCCUUUUCUACGCCAGGCGAGCCGGGAGCCAGGAGUGCGCCGAGAUCCUCCUGCAGCACGGCUGCCCCGGCGAGGGCCACUGCACCAUCGCCACGCCCAGCCUGCGCCGGAAAAGCAGCACCGCCAGCAUGGGACGGUGUGACACUCGGACCGCCCUGGUAUAGCCAGCCCAGCCCCGCCGGACUGCCCCGUGCAGGGCCUCGGGGCUCAGCCCAGAGCCGGGGGGAGACUGUCAAUGCCUGGGCCCCCUGCAGAGCCCUCCCCAGCAGGCUCCGGGCCUGCCUCCGGCCACCUGGACCGGGUGCGACGGAGCCUGAGCCCGACGCAGGGCUGGAGGGGAAGGACGCGGGGGGUGGUCAGGGGACAACUUCAUCCCAUGCGGGCCGCGCCUGCCGGACGCCGAAGGGACGUUCGGCCCAACGGACCCAGCUUUUCCAGGCACGGCUGGCGAGGCGGGUGCCCAGGUGAGGCCGCCCCUGGGUGCUGGCUGGGCAGGACGCUGGGCGUCCCCAUCCUCCAGGAUGGUCAGUGUCGGACAAUUUGUAUUUUUGAUGCUCUAUUUAUUACUCAGCCCCUGCUGGUGCGGCUCGUUAUGUCCCUGUCUCCCCC